AUGAAUUUACCUGAAAGUGCUAAAAUACGUAACACUACCAUACUAUCAUCCAUUGUAGGUGAACCUUUUCCCACAAAGCUAUUGAAUAUCUUCAAGAGACUACAUAGCUCACUCUGUACCAUUUGGAAUUCGUACGGUCCAGCCGAAACAACUAUUGCUUGUACAUGGCAUGCUGUUAAUCUUAUCGAAGACUACAAAAGUGUUCCGAUUGGCCUACCUCUUCCCGGAUAUCGAUGUUUGAUCUUAGACGAAUUCCAUCAACCAGCUGCCAUUAAUGAAGAAGGAGAAUUAAUUGUUGGCGGCACUGGUGUUUUUCUUGGAUAUCUUCAUCGUGAUGAUUUAACUUCGAAAGCNUUAUAUCUAUAUCAAUUAUUCUUUCUGGUAAACGAAUGUGACGAUCCUAAGCUGGAUUUCAUGUAG